CUGGAUUGUCAUGGUGACAGCUAGGUGGUCCGGAAAUGCUGGCUUUGUUUCCGGGUCAGAUGCCAGGGUACUGUUUCCGGUUGUGCUCGUGAUGCUGCGGGCGGCGCUGGGAGGUGCGCGGGUCCUCCUGCUACUUCGGCGGGGGGGCUCAGGGGCCCAGCGAUGUCUCCGGUGGCGGCAGCCGCAGCAGCGGCGCGCGGUGUCGGAUGCCGCCGCCCAUCCCGGGGCGCUGGCCCCGCCUGUGCCCGGCUCGGCCGCGGAGCGGCUCGUGGGGCGCUGGCUGCUGGUGUGCAGCGGCGCGGUGGCCGGAGCUGUUGUGCUGGGGGGCGUGACCAGGCUGACAGAGUCUGGGCUCUCCAUGGUCGACUGGCAUCUGGUGAGGGAGAUGAAGCCCCCACAGACACAGCAGGAAUGGGAGGCUGAGUUCCAAAAAUACCAGCAGUUUCCAGAAUUUAAAAUCCUGAAUCAUGACAUGACAUUGAGAGAGUUCAAGUUCAUCUGGUACAUGGAGUAUUCACACCGCAUGUGGGGUCGGGUUGUAGGUUUGUCCUAUGUUCUGCCUGCUGUCUACUUCUGGAGAAAAGGCUGGCUCAGCCACCCCAUGAAGGGGCGUGUCCUUGCCCUCUGUGGGCUUGUCUGCUUCCAGGGUCUGCUAGGCUGGUACAUGGUGAAGAGUGGAUUGGAAGAGAAGCCGGAUUCUCAUGACAUCCCCCGAGUCAGUCAGUAUCGUCUAGCAGCACAUCUAGGCUCUGCACUAGUUCUGUACUGUGCCAGCCUGUGGAGUGGAUUGUCCCUGCUGCUCCCACAACACAAAUUACCUGAAACCUAUCAGCUCCUCCGUCUGAGACGAUUUGCUCAUGGGACAACAGGUCUUAUCUUCUUCACUGCUCUCUCAGGUGCCUUUGUGGCCGGACUGGAUGCAGGCCUUGUGUACAACUCCUUCCCCAAGAUGGGGGAGCGCUGGAUCCCAGACGAUCUCCUCUCCUUCUCCCCAGUGCUGAAGAACAUCUUUGAGAAUCCCACUACGGUGCAGUUUAAUCACAGGAUUUUGGGGAUCACCUCAGUCACUGCCAUCACAGCACUCUAUCUCCUCUCUCGGAAGAUCCCUCUACCACGCAGGACCAAGAUUGCUGUGGCCUCUUUAAUGGCUGUGGCAUAUAUGCAGGUGGGCCUGGGCAUCAGCACCCUUCUACUGUAUGUCCCAACUCCUCUGGCUGCCACUCACCAGUCGGGAUCCCUGGCACUGCUCACUGUGGCUCUGUGGCUUAUGAAUGAACUACGUCGGGUCCCAAAGUAGCCUGACUUCAACUGGGCUCUGCAAGGACGUUCUAGUUCUUUUCCCCACUGCACUGAUGUCAAUGCUCCGGCUGAUUGCUUUCCUCUGUGGUGACUUGCUGGGGUUCGAAAGGGCUCUGAGUGGGGAGUUCUGCAAGCCUGAAUUUAGACUGACCAGUCUGUUUACUGCGAUAAAUUCUUGACUGUAAGAUCAUGUGCACUUUUGAUUGUAAACUUUGUAAUGUAAAUUAAUUUGUUUAUUAAGCUGCU